CUAUGGCGGUUCUGGAAUCAGCUAUCGAGGAUGCGUAUGGGGAAAUUAUGUUAUCCCAUCCCUCCUUCAAAAUGAGGAGUUCGCCAGAACUCCAGGGCAUUAGGUUUGACUUAGUCCCAUCGGCAAAAACGAGAUUCCAAGAAUCUCUGGUCAUUGAUCUUGCAGAGGAUGGGCACAUGAACAUAGAGGUAGUUUGCUCGGAGACUCCAUGGUGCGAAGUUUGUCGAAGAUUCUACCACUGGUCAUCUGAUAACGCAUGUCCUGCAAGGAACAAGUCAAGCACGGUCGAGAACGGCAAAAAGUCUGCCUCAAACGGCAAAUUACAACAGGACAAAAUUCAACUCGUCAGUGACAAGGAAAAGGGGAAGGAUAAAGAAGAGAAACGGGAGGAGAGAGUAAUCAAGGAGAAAUCUGACGAGGGUUGCAAAGAUGAUCAGGGGAACAAGGAUAAAGGGGGCCCGAGCAGGGAAGACAGAAACAAGGGAAAGAAAAGGGGAGGCAAAGUGAAACUGAAGGCCAAGAAACACGUGCAUCCGGUCGUGAGGAAGAAGUGGUCAUACAGGGUAGUCUCUUCAAGAAAAGGGGCUGACAUUGAGGACCAUAGGGAAGGAAUGGAAGAGGGAGAUAUGGGACAGGAGGCCACCCCGACACCGGUAAAUGAAACCCGAAAUGAAGCCAAUGGACCCCAGAGCCUAGUAGAGGAACCCACAAGGAUGGUUUCAGAGAAAGUCUCUGUAUCCGGGGAGGAACAUGCCUCCACGAAGAAAAAACGCGAUGGUUCUCCGGAGGAAAUUUUGGAAGAUGAUGUUGUCGAAAUCCGUGACUCGGACACAGAUGAGGAUGAGGGAAUGUCAGAAGAGGAGUCAACUGAGGAAUCGGAUGAGGAUUUCGAGGAGAAUGAAGGGAUUAUAGAAGAAGAGGAAGAGGAAGAAGAAUUGGUUGGAAAGAUGAGUGAGGAUAGAGAAGGAGAAGGGAAUGGGAAAGGGGACAAGGAUCUGAGACAAGAGGCAGAGGGGGAAGGGGGGAAAUUAGAAGGGAAAGAAAAGGGGGUUGUCGGAUACUUAGACAAAGGGGAGGGAAACAAGGAGGAGAUGUUAUCCAUAUGGGACGAAGAUAUCUACACAAGACCGGAAACCCAAGCAUCCUCUGCUUCGACGGAGUGAGAGAGCCGCAUCCAACAGAGCGGCGAUGUCGGACCUGUAAAUGGUCUUACCUAGUAAAAUACGUAUCACUUC